AUGCAGGAGAAUUUUUGCGAUUUAUCGCCGACCUAUAAAUGGCGUGUGCAUCUGUUGGCCGGAUCGGUUGCUGGCCUGGCCGAGCACUGCGUUAUGUUCCCGUUCGAUUCAGUGAAAACUCGGAUGCAGAGUCUUUGUCCGUGCCCGGAAACGAAAUGUCCCACAGCAAUGCACAGUCUUUUUACAAUGGUUAAGCGCGAAGGCCUGCUGAGGCCACUGAAAGGUGUCAACGCUAUUGUGCUGGGCGCCGUCCCGGCGCAUGCCCUAUAUUACACCGUCUACGAAAAGUCGAAAGUGUUUUUCCGGAGAAGCCAUUUCGGGCUAUUCAAUUCGCCUUCGGCUUCCUACGCAGCUUCCGGAAUUCUUGCAACUGCUGUCCAUGAUGCUGUAAUGAAUCCUGCCGAGGUGGUGAAGCAGCGCAUGCAAAUGGUUUUUAGCCCCUAUGGAAAUAGUCUGGAGUGCGUGAGGUGCAUUUAUGUGCGUGAAGGUAUCAGGGCAUUCUAUCGUUCAUACAUCACUCAGUUGACUCUCAAUAUACCGUAUCAGUGCUCACAUUUUGUGAUUUACGAGCUCAUGCAGGAUCUACUCAAUCCUGAGCAUUCGUACAACGCUCUCUCACAUUUCAUUUCCGGAGGAUUUGCUGGAGGGGUGGCAGCAGCAAUCACAACGCCUCUCGAUUGCAUCAAGACUGUACUAAACACGCAGCAGACGCCUCAGUUUGACAGCAAUCAUAGGCUGCUUUACCAAGGUCCCCGUGCUGCAUCGUACAGGGGAUUCACUGACGGAUUUCGUACGAUAUAUUAUUUGCGAGGAUUGCGAGGUUUUUUCCGUGGCCUUCAGGCCCGAGUAAUAUUUCAGGUUCCAUCGACAGCACUCAGUUGGUCUGCUUACGAGCUCUGCAAAUAUAUUUUAUCCCUGUGA